UUUAAUUAAAAAAUAAAAAAGACAACUGCGGCGACUGGCGAUGACGUCAUCACCAACGGACAGUGUUGUCAUUCUUGAAAUGUGGGAAGCGGUCUUUUUAUUUGGUUCCUUUUAAAUCCUUUUGCCAUAUAUUGACCACCAAGACCUAAAAUGGCGGACUACUGGAAGUCUCAACCAAGGAAAUUCUGUCAGUACUGCAAGUGCUGGAUUGCGGACAAUAAGCCUAGCGUUGAGUUCCACGAAAGAGGGAAGAAUCACAAAGAAAAUGUGGCUGCAAAAAUCUCUGAGAUUAAAAAGAAGAGCAUGGACAAGGCAAAGCAGGAGGAACGUAAUUGUAAAGAGUUCGCAGCGAUGGAGGAGGCUGCGCUGAAGGCAUAUCAGGAGGAUCUGAAGAGGAUGGAGAGGGAGGCAGCAGGAUCAGGUUCACCAUGCGAAACAACAACAACAACAGAGCCACAACCACAGGAAACACCUCCGGCAAAACAUCAAGCAAGAACUCAGGUGGGACCCCAGGCAAGACCCAAGACAGGUCCCCAUGCAUGUCCCCAGGCAGGUCCCAAGGCAGGUCCCAAGGCAGGUCCCCACGCAAAACCCCAGCCCAAAAAACAGCAAAAGAAACAGAACGCAAACAGGGCGCCCAGAGGCCAAGCAGGAGCGCAGGUCUGGGUUGAAGGCCGGACGGAUGAUGGACACGCGUACUAUUACAACACAAUGACUAGAGAAUCUAAAUGGCAAAAUCCAGAGGGAUUCCACGAACAAAACUCUGCCUCUGCGCAGCCUGAGAGCUCUGAAGGCGGUUCUUGGAUGGAAGCGGUCAGUCCUGAUGGUUAUAAAUAUUACUACAACUCAGAGACUGCAGAGACCAGCUGGGAGAAGCCUCCAGGCUUUCCUUCAAGUGAAGCAUCUGCAUCCAACAACGCGGGACAGAGUCAGGAGGAGCCUUCAGCACCUCAGCCGCCUUCAGGGGGAGAGGAGAGCUCCAGCGGGGCCCCGGCAUCUCAGGAGCCUGAAGUCCCUGGAGAAGCCAGCCAGCAAUCCAAAUACCCAAAGAUCAACUUCAGGAAAAGGAAAGCAGAAGCCGAGUCCUCAGAAAAGGAGGGAGAAGAUAAAGAGGGAGAUGAUGCUCCUAAAGAGGAGGCUGAAGAAGAGAUGAAGAAAGAGGAAUAUGUCCAAAGCUUAACAGCUGCACCAGAGGAGAAGAAAGAGAAGGAGGAGAAUAAAGUGAAAGAGAAAGUGAAAGAGAAAGAGGAGAAGAAAGAGAAAGAGGAGAAGAAAGAGAAAGAGGUGGCACCCGUGAAGACGCGAGUCAGAAGACCAAAAUCUGCCAACCCAUAUGGGGCCUGGGAAGAGAUCCAGGAAGAGGAGGAUCCAUAUGCCAAGGUGGACUUACAGUUGCCCCAGGUGGAGGGAAACAUCGUCUGCGCUCCAGCCAUCCUGCCGGCAGAGCCAAAACAGAAUAAAACGUUCAAGGAACGCAUCAUCACUUCCCUCGGAGAGGAAGGCGGACCCACUUCAUUCAGGAAAAACAAGACGCACAACGGCAAAUCCAGAAGCAUCCGACAGAGAGACGACGAGGACGACUGACCCAAUCCCAGAACAGCUUCAUGCAGGAGACGCUUACACAAAUCAAACUCUUUCUUUAUGCUUCUCUCAGAACUCCCAACAGCCGAGUGUCAGCAGAGACAUGAACUUUUUCUAUUUUUAAGCACCGUUUAAUUUUUGUUGUUAAAUGUAUUGGGAGUGUUUUUUGUUUUGAAGAUGAACAACUUUUUCAACAACAUUUUUUUAGGACAAAUUGGAGAAACUUGAAAAGUAAAAAUGCUAUUUCUUUAAAAUAAAUUGUCAAUUAUUGUCUUAAGGUGCGCAACACUUUUAUAUUAUUAUCUCAUGUAUACAAUAUUAGAGCUGUAACAAUUAGUCGAUCGACAGGAAAAUCAUCGCCAAUUACUUUAACAAUCGAUUAAUUGUUAAAGUAAUUUUUCAUGCAGAAAAUGCUUUUUUCAGUCUCUGAGACUUCCUGCUUUACUUUGUUGGACAUCAUAUUAAAGUGAAUAUUUUUGGGUUUUGGACUGACGGAACAAGACAUUUAAAUGCAUCACUUUGGACUGUGAGAAGCUAAAAUGGACAUUUUUUAAGAAUCGAUCAAUCUAGAAACUAAUCGGCAGAUUAAUUGCUAACGGACGUGAUCGUUCAUCCUGAUGUAUCUAUACAGAGCAAUUCCAAUAACCUUUUGUAUUUCCCAUUUAUUUUUUUUACCAUUGUAAGUAAUGAAAAGCUAGAAAGGCAUCUUUGUGGAAACAAUAUUGCAAUACUUGAUUGUCAUACUUUCAUAAAGCAGUAAAGAUAGAAAUGAUUAAAGAUCUGGCUGUGAUCUCCAUAAAUGACCAGAAG